UUUUUUUUUUCCUCUUCUUUCUCUUUCCCUUACUUACUCUUUUCUUUUUUAUAUUCUUCUUUUCGACGUUUAACGCCGUUUUCUUUUCUUAAUUGUCUAAUCUCAUUUAAUUUGGGUUUGACAUUUUAAUAAUCAUAUAAACAUAUAAAAAAAAUUAUAAAAAUAGAAAAACCAAAAUAUAUAAUAAUGUCUACUUCACCUGUCGUCGCCCCUACUGAAGCUGCUCCCGUCCAACAGCUCUCAGCUGAACAACAACAGCAAAUUGCUCAGGCCCAAGCCUCUGCUCCUGCUGGUACUGUUGUCCCUUCUCCCUCUGCUAGUCUUUACGUUGGCGAACUUGACCCUUCUGUUACCGAAGCCAUGCUCUUUGAGAUGUUCAACAUGAUCGGUCCUGUUGCUUCCAUUCGUGUUUGCCGCGAUGCUGUUACUCGUCGUAGUUUGGGUUAUGCUUAUGUCAAUUUCCAUAACAUCGUUGAUGGUGAACGUGCUUUGGAAAGCCUCAACUACACUUUGAUCAAGGGUAAGCCUUGUCGUAUUAUGUGGUCUCAACGUGAUCCCUCUCUUCGUAAGACUGGUUCUGGCAACGUUUUUAUCAAGAACCUUGAUCAAACCAUUGACAAUAAGGCUCUUCACGAUACCUUUUCUGCUUUUGGUAAUAUUUUAUCCUGUAAGAUUGCUUUGGACGAAAAUGGCAAUUCUAAGGGUUAUGGUUUCGUUCACUAUGAAACUGAAGAAGCUGCCGAAAAUGCUAUCAAGCAUGUUAACGGUAUGCUUUUGAAUGAUAAGAAGGUUUAUGUUGGUCACCAUGUUCCUAAGAAGGAGCGUCAAGCUAAGAUUGAACAAUACAGAGCCAAGUUCACUAAUGUUUACAUCAAGAACUUGGAUGAAACCGUCAAUGACGAAAAGUUGAGAGAAAUUUUCGAAAAGUAUGGUCCCAUCACCUCUGCUGUUGUUCAAGUCGACGAUGAAGGUAAAUCCAAGGGUUUCGGUUUUGUUAACUAUGAAAAGCACGAAGAUGCUCAAAAGGCUGUUGAUGCUUUGAAUGAAACUGAACAAGCUGAUGGCAAGAUUCUUUAUGUUGCUCGUGCUCAAAAGAAGUCUGAACGUGAAGAAGAACUCCGUAAGCAAUACGAACAAGCCAAGCUUGAAAAGCUUGCCAAGUAUCAAGGUGUUAACUUGUAUGUUAAGAACUUGGAUGAUGAUCUUGAUGAUGAGAAGCUUCGUCAAGAAUUCUCUGUCUAUGGUGUUAUCACCUCUGCCAAGGUCAUGACUGAUGAUAAGGGUCACUCUAAGGGCUUCGGUUUCGUCUGUUUCUCCUCUCCUGACGAAGCUACUAAGGCUGUUACCGAAAUGAACGGUCGUAUGAUUGGUUCCAAGCCCAUCUAUGUUGCCCUUGCUCAACGUAAGGAAGUCCGUCGUUCUCAAUUAGAAGCUCAAAUGGCUCAACGUAACCAAAUGCGCAUGCAACAAGGUAUUCCUAUGCCCGGUGCUCCUGGUUACAUGCCUAGCACUCCCAUGUUUUAUGCCCCUCCUGGAAGUUUCCUUCCUCAAGGUCAACGUCCCGUUUUCCCUCCUAACGGUAUGAUGCCUCGUCCUCGUUGGGCUCCUCAACAAGGUCAACCUAUGCCUGGUUUCCCUCCUCAAGGUUUUGCACCUAACAACAACAACAUGCGUCCUCCCAGACAGCCCCGUGCUCCUCGUGGUGGUGCUGCCGGUCAGCGCAAGUAUGCUAACCAAGCUCGUCAACAACCUGCUCAAGAAACUGCCGAGCCUGCUGUUGAUGCUCCUUUGACUGCUGCUGCCUUGGCUGCUGCUCCUCCUGAAGCUCAAAAGCAAAUGCUUGGUGAACGUCUUUAUCCCUUGAUCAAUGCUCAACAACCUGAAUUUGCUGGUAAGAUUACUGGUAUGCUUUUGGAAAUGGACAAUGGUGAAUUGUUGAAUCUUCUUGAAGACCACAAGGCUUUAGAAACUAAGAUUGCUGAAGCUAUGGAUGUUCUCAGAGCUCACUUAUCUGAGGCUACUAAGGAAGAACAAAAGGAGGAAUCUGCUUAAGUUGUUAGCAUUUUUUUCUUUCUUUGAAAAAAAAAAAAAAAAAAAAAAAAGGGAAAAAAAAA